CGGGACAGGGUGACGCCCACGGCGGAAGUGAGUGAGGUUAGCCUCAACACCUGUGAGGAGCCUCGGAGGGGAUGAAACUCAAAAAUUGGGUUCGACCGCGGAGGAAUUUGACGUUUUACGAACUUUAAGAGGAGAACAGAGGCUUUAACUCGGCGGGCGGAAUGAUUUCAGCAGCGCACUUAACGAUCUUGAUGAUUGUUUCGGCUGGAGCGGCCAAGCCCAAGGAUGGAGGAGACGAUGAGUGGGUUCAUCUACCCAACAAAUGUGAAGUCUGCAAGUUCGUCAGCAUCGAGAUGAAGUCGGCGUUCCAGGAGACGGGGAAGACCAAAGAGGUCAUCGACAGUAAAUACAACUUCAUCGACGGGAAAGGAGCGCCGCCCAUUAAAUAUGUAAAGUCAGAUCUGAGAUUCAUCGAGGUCGUCGAAAAUGUGUGUCAGAGGCUGCUGGAGUACAACCUGCACAAAGAGAGGAGCGGCAGCAACCGCUUCGCCAAGGGCAUGUCGGAGACCUUCUCCACGCUGCACGGCCUGGUGAACAAAGGCGUGAAGGUGGUGAUGGACAUCCCCUACGAGCUGUGGAACGAGACCUCCGCAGAAGUCGCAGACCUCAAAAAACAGUGUGACGUGAUGAUAGAACAGUAUGAGGAGGUGAUCGAGGACUGGUACAAAGGAAGCCAGGAGGAGGACCUGACAACGUUCUUGUGUGAGAAACAUGUCCUGAAAGGACAGGACAAAGACUGCUUAAAUGAGAAUUGGACUGCAAAGAAGAAGGGAGACCAAGCCGCCAUAGCAGAAGACAAGAAGAAGAAAAAGAAGAAGAAAGGAGGGAAGAAGGGCAAAAACAAAGAGGAAGGAGGCGACGGGGCGGACUCGGACGCAGAGAAGACUUCCAAGAAGAAGAAAGAGAAGAAGACGAAUAAGAAGAAAAGGAGCAAAGCUCCCUUGGAUAAGACGAAUGAAGGGGCGACUUCAGACGAGGAGAUCCAGCCGCAGGCGCCUCUUUCUGGACAGAAGACGGAGCUGUGAGCCCCCUGCUGGCUCGGUGGACCUGGUUCAGUUCUCCAACACAGGACCUGCUGUCUGAGCAGCUUUCAGUGUUAAAAACUAAGUGAACCCCUGCUGUUACUCUUAGUUUGGAAGAGUUUCAAUCCUUCAACCACAAGAGCUUCAGGUCCAGUGUUGGCGUUCUGUGAAUUACCACAACUCUUCUACACAAAUGACAAUGAAGCCAACGGAUUCUGAAGCAGAGAAAAGUAGCAACAAGUAACAGGGGUAAAGUGUUUACAUGAUUGACGUAAACCAAAGGAUUUUGAUUCGGCCCAAAAACACUUUUCUCAGCUUCAGAAUUCGUAAGAACUUCAUUAAUUGCGUGAACAAUAAAAGAAUUACAGUAGUUCAACGGUAGUUAAAGGGUCAAAUGUGGUUUCAGGGGCUGAAAACCUGGAUGUGAGACAGCCGUGAGCUGAGUACAAGCUCACUUUUAAAGAAGACGUAGAAACAUCAGAAUUCAUUAAAAUUUUGGUAUCAAAUGCGAUAGAAGAGUUACAGUAAUUCAGAGAUCGUGUGUUAUUUUGCUGUCGCCAGCGUGGUAAAGGGUUAAAUGUGGCUUUAGAGGCCGGAAAAAUGACGAUGAGCAACGUAUUUGUGCCGAGUGUUAGCUAAGUUUUAACCCUUGUGCUAUCCUAGGCACUUUAACAUGGGAGUUGGGUCAUCUAGACCCACUAGUCUGGUACCUAUCUCUAGAAUGAUUUUUGAUCUUCACUGGUGUCUAUGGAUAACAUGAAAUCUUUCCACCUUUAUCCACCUUUGUCAUGGUAGGGAGAACACGUCAAUGGAAGGGUUGGGUCAACUAAGAUAGCACAAGGGUUAAAUAAGACGUAAAACAUCAGAAUUAAUUAAAAUGUUGUUUUCGUAUACGGUCAAAGAGUUACAGUAAUUCAAAGAUUGUGUGUUAUUUUGCUAUCGCUGCGCUGUUAAACGGUUAAAUGUGGGUUUAGUGGCAGGAAUCCUAUUGAUUUAAGACGGGUUUGUGCUGAAUACAAGCUAACUUUUAAAGAAGACGUAAAACAUCCAAAUUUUUUAGAAUUUCGUUAAUUACAAAAAUGGUCAAAAGGUUACAGUUGUUCAAAUAUCAUGUCUUCUUUUGCUGUCACCAGCGUGUUAAAGGUUUAGAUGACGAGACAAGCUAAAGGAGACUUAAGACCAUCUGAAAAAUGUCUUUAUCAUAUUAGGACUCGAUGUCAAUCAGUAGCUUUUUCUACAAACGUUCCUGCUGUUUCGUUUGGAGCCCUUUUAACCGAGUACGGAGCAAAACGAGUUGAUGACCUUAGACGAAAUAUCACACCGUAUGUCUUCUGAACCAGAUUGAAUAAGUUCUUAUAUAGUUUUAAGAAGCAGUUUCUAUUGGCCAUGUCUCCUUUAAAGGUUGAUAUACGUGGCACAUCAGUGGUUACAGGCGAAUUUCUCUGUAAAUACCUGAUAAAACCAUUGACUGGAGAGUUUACUUCCGGGUCCAACCAAAUCAAGUCAAUUUAGUCGCCAUUUUUUCACCAACUGAACACCCUGUUGGAACCAGAUGAUUAUCAAGAACAUGUUAAAAAAAAGGUUUUAGAGCAAGAGUGGUUGUUCUGACAAAUGAAAUAACCAUUCAUCUCUAUAGAAGUUGAUGGGAUCUUUUCCCUUUUCUUGAAGCCAGCAGGUACUUCCUGUUUGGAACGCCACGGGGGAGGGGUCACUGUCCAGUUCUCAGACGCGGGCAAUGCUUGAAAGUGUUCUCGUUCCAGUUUUUUUGAAUGUAAACAUUUUUCUAACUUUUUUCAAACUGAUUGACUUACAAACUAAGUUUCACCUGAGAACUGGUGAUUGGUUUUUGAGUGACCUCACAUGAACCCUCAUUUAAACUCAUGGCAUGUUUCCGAAGAAAGAGAUCUUUCCUGGAAUAACAACGACGAAUGUUUGUCCUUUGAAACAAUGGAUACUUGAACUCAACCUUCACGUCCAAAGGGAGGUAUUUUCCUAUACAUUGAUGUUUAGUGAGGUUUUUAUGUCAUAAUGUCAGACGGUUAUCACAAACUUUCACGCUGUUAAGAUUUUAACAGAAGAUUUGCAUUUCUGUAUGGUUGAUGAAGUUCUUUGUUGUCUUUUCACGUGUUAUUGAGUUGUUGUUGCUUUUAUCCUUUUGUAUUUUGUCAAAAUACAAAAAAUCCUAAAAAAUCAAAUGUUUAUUAGAGAUUCCCCUUUUGUGUGGACGUCUGUUGUCAUUUAUUAUUCUGGUUUUGUUUUUGAUGAUUUUGUUUGGCUUUUUGGGUUUGUAUUCCUAAAACUAUUGAUUGCUUUUUUAUUAAAGUCUUUUAAUCUGUA